CUAAUCUCUCUCUCUACUGUUGCCAGACUACUCCUGUUUUAACAUUUUUAACACAGCCUAUCAUGAGAGAUUAGUUAACAAUCUACAAAAACAGAAAUCUAGCACACGGUUUACAAAUGAGUGGGAAACUGGUUUAAGAACAGAAAAUGGUACUUUAUUACCAGAAUGAGCUUUUACUGCAUUGCUUGAGGGUGAUCAGGGGUACCAGAGGGGUCAGUUUGAGGUACUCUGAUCUCUUCAGAUUUUAUCGAUUAUUGGGCUAAAAAAAAAAAAAAGUUACUAGCAACUAACAAAGGUACUGAGGAUGUAAAGAUGACCUAAUGAGAUAUGUUUUAGCUCUCACUGUACAUAAGCAGCAUGGUGGCGGUUAGGAGGUUGGCAUGUUGGUGUCCAGAUUGUAAGAAGUGCAGAGCAUAUGGACUGACUCAAGGCUAGCGGGUAGUGAGCUUUAACAAAUCAUUGAUGGAGUGGCGGUCAGGCGGUGUGUGUUUUUUUUUUUAUUCAUUUCUGAAUUCUACUAUCUUGUCUUGAAAGAGUCUUGGGGUGACCCUGAUCUCACUCUCGGAAAUAUAACACUCUAAAUAAUCCCCAGCUCUUGUCCUGGUAUCCACUUACUUACCUGCCUGGUGCGGAGAUGCAGUCUGUAGCUCCACUUGUGGCUCCACUCAGGUUAACUUCCACUCAGACUCCACUUCUUUGUUUUCUCUGGUAAUCUGUAGACGGCUGAUGGUGAGAUUAAGCAGAACCAGAGUGACUGGCCAAAUUUGCAUCCAUACAAGGCAUUGAUCGGCGGUUUUCGUGACAUACAUUACAUAAUCGACAUACACACACCUGAGAUUAAACAUCAAGACAGAGAAGAAGUUUAAAAAGGUUGUGGCCUGCAUGUGAGACGUCGGUGAUGAUUUUCCUCCCUAUUUCAUCACUCUGGAAUGGCACAGGUCCUGUAAGAAGAAAGGUGACAUUACCAGCUGCACAGUAUGGCUGAGGCAUGCCCAUCUGUCCAAGAACCUCUAAAUGUGGGAUACAAAUGUGAAGAGGGGGUCUCUAAACAAAUGCAUGAUGAUGAUGAAGUGAGGAUUCCAUUACUGCAGAAUGACCUUCCUUCCAUGUAUACUGUGGAGAAAAGAAGUAUGAGCAUUAAGGAAGAGGACUGUGAAUGGGAGUCUGCACAUAUCCAGCAGGAGGGUGGCAGCAUUAAAGAGGAGGAUUGUGAAACGGUUGCUCUUGACAUUAAAAAAGACACGGAGGCUACACCUCAGAUCACCAACAUGCAGAACAAUAAACUAAAAAAUGGUGUGAAAGAAGAAGACUUGAAAUUGGAGUCUGACUGUCUGGGUUUUUAUCCUGGAUUGGACUUUGCACCCAGUAGUAACAACUCCCUACGGCAUCGUUGUGACCCCAUGAAGUCCGAGUCUUUGGAAUCUGAUGUGAAGAGGCCUGUAGUAGCAUCGGGUUCAAGUGAUUCUGGAGCAGAUUUACAAGACAGUGGUGAUAUCUCCUUACCUUCGUUUACUCAGACCUCUGAUGAGAAUAUCAGGAAAGCAAAAUCUGGACCAGGAAGUAGAACGAUGGCCAUUGUGACGGGUACUUCUCUGCCAGUUGUGAGGCUAACAAGGACGGAUGGAAUUAACACUCAAAUACAGCCACACAAUAUGGUAUCAUUAACUUCGUUAGUCUGUCAAGAGCGAAGGAAAAGUUUUAUAUGCACUCUUAAGUACAAAGAGAAGGGAAGUGCAAGACAGAAGCCAUAUUGUUGUUCUAAGUGUGGCAAACAAUUCCCCACCAAUAGCAGCCUUCAGAUUCACUCAAGAUUUCACACUGGACAUAAGUCAUAUCACUGCUCUGAAUGUGGCAAACGAUUCUCCUCCAGCAGCUAUCUUCGGCUGCACACAAGACUUCACACCGGACAGAAGCCAUAUCACUGUUCUGAAUGUGACAAGCAGUUCACUACUAGUACCUGUCUUCGGCUGCACACAAGACUUCAUACGGGAGAGAAGCCGUAUCAGUGUUCCGAAUGUGGCAAACGAUUCACUACUCGUGGCUCUCUUCAGAUGCACAGCAUAAUUCAUACUGGAGAGAAGCCAUAUCACUGUUCUGAAUGUGGCAAGCGAUUCACUCAUAGGAGCAGCCUUCUGACCCACAUAAGGACUCACACAAAAGAGAUGUCCUACUGCUGUUCUAAAUGUGACAAAAGAUUCUUUACUAGAAGUGGUCUUUAUUGCCAUAUGAAACUUCACUCUGGAGUGAAGCCAUACUGCUGUUCUGAAUGUGGGAAAAAAUUUACAUUCAGCAGAAGUCUUAGGAUCCACACAAGAAGUCAUAUGGGAGAGAAACCAUAUUGCUGUUUAGAAUGUGGCAAACGAUUCUCUUACAAGCAGAGUCUUAGGAAACACAGUAGAACUCAUGUAUCUUCUAAAAUUCAUACGGGUGAAAAACCAUUUUGCUGUUCUGAAUGUGGGAAACGAUUCUCUUCCAGAGACUAUCUUCAUAGACACAAAAAACUUCACACUGGAGAGAAGCCGUAUUGCUGUUCUGAAUGUAACAAACGAUUCGCCACUAGUAAGUAUCUUAAGAUACACACAACAAUACAUACUGGAGUAAAGCCCUAUUGCUGUGCAGAAUGCCAUAAGCAGUUCUCGGCCAAGAGCAGUCUUAUGAGACACAUUAGGUUUCACACUGGGGUAAAGCCCUUCAGCUGUUCAGAAUGUGAGAAGCAGUUCUCGACUAACAGCAGUCUCGUGAGACACAUUAGAAUUCACCGCAGAGUGCCAUUUUGCUGUACAGAAUGCGACAAGCAAUUCUCCACCAAGAGAAGUCUUGUAAGACACGCUAGAUUUCACACUGGAGUAAAGCCCUUUUCCUGCUCAGAGUGUGACAAGCAGUACUUUAACAAGAGCAGUCUUGUGAGACACACUAGAAUUCACACGGGAGAAGAUCAUAGGGCGAAAGAAAGUCAACUAUUGUUAAAGCAAUCUGCCAAUCUUCCCUAGCCUCUGUGUCUCGUUUCCGUCUGCCUUUUGAAGAGUCUUUCAAGAUGGUGAAUCUGUCUCUGCAUACACUCCACCCCUUCACCUACCAUUCUGUACAAGGUUGUCAGUGUGAGUGUCUGCUGAGUAACCUUCUGACCUGAGGAUGAAACCUGUAAACCUAGUGAUCCAAGUGCUAAUGAGUCAGAACAGCAGAUGGAGGAAGUUAAUGUUGAGGACGGCUGAGCUCUUCAAUAAUUGUAAAUGUGUGGCCUAACCGUAAGAUAUUCUGUGCCAACUUUGUAACUCUCUGCAGUGGUUUGUGGGCCUCAUCUGAACGGGUACCGUGCCAGGAUUUAAUACAGCCAGGGAGGACAGGCUGCACUAUAUGCUUCUCAAAGGUUGGUCAGUUUAAACUGAGUCAUCUAGGCUUCUCCCAGAUUUCCAAGGAAACCUAGACAGUUGAAGAGAGCUGAAAUGUGCAGUGCCCAGUGAUGAUAGCUGCACGACAGUUAAAGCUGCCAACCCGCCUUACAGCAUCCCCAUCUGAUACAGAUGAGAAUGUAAUUAGAAACCCAUUAUAGAGAAGCCAUGUGUCUCUUCUGCGCUAUGUCUGAUUUUAUUUAUUGAUGAGACUGCUUUUCAGAAAAAACAUAAAUGAAAUACCCUCCGCUUAUAACUCUCUUGAAUGUGGUAAAGGGUUCUUACAGAGGUGCUGUCAUUGGAUAUGCACACACGUUUAUUAGAACACUCUAGACGAGAGUAGGCCUUUCAGCCCAACAAAGCUCGCCAGUCCUAUCCACUUAAUUAUUCUGAAACAACAUCAAGACUAGUUUUGAAAAUCCCUAAAGGUCUACCACACUAGUUUGUCAGAACUAGAGGUGCUCUGUGUGAAGAAAAACUUCCUAAUGUUUGUGUGAAAUUCCCCCUUAACAAGUUUCCAUCUGUGCCCCCAUGU